AUGCGACGCUCCAUGCAAAAAGCGGAUCAUGACGGACAGGGCCGCGUGAACGCACCAGUGUUUCGACAAAUUCUUCACGAAGGCACUGGUGUGCAUUUGACAGAUGAGCAGAUUUACGAAUUACUUACCUCGUUAGAUCCCGAACUGACCGGUACUCUACCCUACAGUCGCCUUUUGGACAAUGCUGAAAUAACCCUGAGAAAUGAAGAGCACUCGGCUAAAAAGGGGGUUGAGAAAACCACUGAGCAAUCAAUACCCAAAGCAGAAGAGGCCGGUCCGAUGGAGGAAGAACAUGCAGUGAGCAGCAACGACCAGGAAUCCCAAAAUGUCUAA